AUGAAGUGCAUAUCUUGCGAGAGCAAAUACGACGGAGAUGCCGGCGCCUGCAAGCAGUGCUACGAAGACCUCAAGGCUAAGGUCGCUUUUCUCACGAUGUCCAAUGAGUAUCCCUUAACCUCCUUCCCCGACGUCGUUCUGUGUGCCUUGGACGACGGCCAUCCCGACGGCCCUGUAAAAGAUAUGGCCCAUACGGUCGUUUUGGCAAGCCGAUCUCCGGUGUUCAGAGCCAUUCUUGAGAAUGGGACAACAAAAAUCGAGUUCUUCGAAUUGUGGCCCCAAGAAUUUGGUGCCUUUAUCAAUUACCUCUACACGGGCGAGAUAUGCCUUGACCAGGAAUUGGCCCGUAAACUUCUUGUAGUGGCUGAAAAGUACCAGGUGCAUCAUCUCCAAGACUUGUGCCAGAAGUUCUUGGUGUCCAACCUCAACUGGGACAAUUCACUUGCGACCUACACCUUCGGCCACGAUCAUAACGACAAGCAGAUCAUCGACGCAGCCUUGAUGGUGAUCACAAACAACAUCGAAAAGCUUGCUUCAAGCAGGGAGUACGCGGAGCUAAAGAGAAGUCAUCCGCAACUUAUAAUCGAAAUCUAUGAACGUCAUUUUGCAUCCUUAUGA